AUGGCCCUCGCGCCGCUGGACUUCCACCGCAGGCUAGACAUUUGCCACACGGGUCCAUGGUCCCCGCGCUCGGCCGCAGAUCACACCGUGGCCCCACGCGCCGGCGGGACCUCCUGCCGCACACAGACACCGCCAGCUGGCACGGGCGCUCCCAGAUGGUCCCCGCUUCGGGCCGCUGCUGGUCGCCGCGCCGCCGCGUACCUCCGCGCCGGCGCGGCCGCGACACGCCUGUGGCAGCCUCCGAGGCCCCCCGCGCCGCCGCCGGCGCCUCAGUCGCGCCGGGCAUCCGCCGGCGCGCGCGAUAUCGCCGGCACCGUAUCCGAGGCUCGCCCGGGUCACAAGCGAGCCCGCUCGCGCCGGGCGGACCUCCGCCGGCGGCACAGUGUAUCUGCUUCAGUUACGGCCUCCGAGCGCUCCGCUGGCCAGCAGUUUUUCCGGCUCCCGCGCCUUCCCGGGCGUAACUUUCCGCCAAACGCAGGCUUGGUGAUGAUUUGCCCGAGCACGGGAGCCUCCCGAGGCCUGGCUUGGGCUACGAGUUUGGCUUCCGGCUUCCCGCGCUGGCGACCUCCUGCCGGCGCUGGCUAAUGGAUAACCGCCAGCAUCGGGAGUCUGAGGCCUCGCGCCGGCGAGCAGUUGUAGCCGCUCGGCGCUGCCGGGCGACCUCUCCCGCGCAAGGCUGACGCCGGCUACCGGAGCUCCGAGGCCCCCGGCGCCGCGCUGGCUGGAGCCGCGCCUGCGCCGGCCAUGGACCGCCGGCGCGGUCGCGGGACGGCCAGCACAGCCCGAGGCCUCGGCGGCGACAGCAACCGCGCCCGCGCUGGCGACUUUCCGCCGGCAGCUGCGGAUGCUCGGCAAUAUCCGAGGCCCCGCGGUCGCGUUUAUGGUUUCAUCGUCGCGCGCUGUCAGACCUCCGCCUUUGGCGCAUGGCUUGCGGACUUUUGCCUUCGCACGGAGUCCCGGAGGCCUCGCGUCGGCGAUGAGGCUGGCGGCCUGUCACCGGCACGAACUUCCGCUGGGCGCAAGGCUUCAGCGACCGCUUCGCGCACGGCUCGAUGCCCGCGCGCCGGGCUAGCAGGCUGA